UAAAUUCCUAGACAGACAUCUGAUCCAAGGCGUCGUUUUGGCUGCAGUCUGUGGGCGUUCAGAUGGGAUUCUUAUUGAAAGUGCGAUCGGCGGUUUUCUUCCUCAGAAACUGGGUCGUGGAACCCUUUUGUCAGCUGAACAGAUGAAUCCCCCAGCUGUGACAGCUUUCACUUUUACUCUCUCUAAUACUGGCACACCUGGGUAUAAUUCUUCUAUGCCCUUUACUGAUGGCACCACAAUUGAAUAUUUCUAUCCAGGGGAGGACGAAGACUUUCAAACAUGCUAUUAUGUGCGACAUGGGGCUUACUUUCUUCCACCCCUCUAUGCCAUUUUCUUCCUCUUAGGUCUCCUUGGAAACUCUUUAGUAAUCUGGGUCAUCGCUUGCGGGGUUAGACUCCGUAGCAUGACUGAUGUGUGCCUGGUCAACUUGGCCAUCGCUGACCUUCUCAUGGUGUGCUCUCUUCCCUUCCUCGCCCACCAAGCCAGAGACCAGUGGCUGUUUGGAGAUGCUAUGUGCAAGAUGGUCCUGGGCAUUUAUCACAUUGCCUUUUACUGUGGAAUCUUUUUCAUUUGUCUGAUGAGCAUCGAUCGUUACUUGGCCAUAGUGCACGCAGUUUACGCCCUUAAAGCACGCACACGCACCUGUGGCAUUGCGGCAGCUGCUGUUACGUGGUUGGCUGGCUUUUUGGCCUCUUUUCCUGACCUGAUCUUCCUCAAAACUCAAACAUCUGUCAACGGUUCUCAGUACUGCUACCCUGAGUAUCCCCAAACAUCACCCAACGAUGUGUCCGGCAACCUUCAUUUCUGGAGAGUGUUUAGUCUCUUGAAAAUGAACAUUCUGGGCCUGUUUAUCCCAAUUUUCAUCCUAGGCUUCUGCUACUCUCAGAUCAUUUGCAGGUUGCUAUCAACCCAGUCUUCCAAGAAGCAGGCCAUCCGUUUGGUAGUCGUAGUGGUGGCCGUUUUCUUCUGCUGUUGGGUUCCUUACAACGUGGUGGCCUUCUUUAAAACACUGGAACUUCUGCAGGUCUACGCCACAUGUGAAAGCAGCAAGGCCGUCAGACUGGCUUUACAGAUUACAGAAGUCAUCGCGUACUCCCACAGCUGUCUCAAUCCCAUUCUGUAUGUCUUUGUCGGGGAGAAGUUCAGGAGGCACCUCGUAAGGCUGAUAAACAGAGCUCCAUGCAGCCUGUGCCAGGUGAUCAAGAUGUACAUUCCUCAAGACAGAGGUACCUCGGUGUACUCGCAAACUACCAGCGUGGACGAAAGGAACACUGUGGUGUGAUCUGGAACUGUAAAUUUAAAUUCUGUUACUUAUACCAAUAUGUUUGUGAACAUCUUUUAUACACAGACUGUUCAUGUGAAGUCAGAUAGGUCACGCUAGUUUCAAGUUAACGGUGAAAUACCUUUGACUUGUUUUCUUGUUAUGACGAAUGAUGGUUUAUAUGUAGAAACUAGACUGAAUGUAAUACUUUCCCAUGCACAGUGUCUUUUAGUGAACCUUGUAUUUCUUAAUGUGCAGCAUUUUAAAAUAUCUUCCGUAAAAGUGUUUCUGUCAAAGUCUUACAUUUUAUAAUCUCAAUGUAAAGCUGUAAAUAAAGUUUUAUGCUCAGACUUUUAAUACUUAUGUUGCAUUCCAUUCCAAUUUUGAAUGAAAAAAUCUGCUGUUUAUUUUCUGCCAUUUCAUUUGGUUUGGAAGAAUUUGGCUCCUAAAACCUGCUUUUUUAGGGAUUUGACAUUUUCUUUGUUGUUCACUUGCAGUUAAUUUAUUUUGGGAAAUUGCAGAAUUAACUAUUUAUUUUUCUUGAAUUUGGAUUGUCAACAGCUAGCUAAAACCAAUAACCUUUACAAAUCUUAAUAUAUGCAGUAUAAAGGUGUAAAAGUUAGAAAAGUCAAUAAACUAUUAGAGUCAAAAAGAGCAAACUUAGGUUGGUCAAAGUUAACUUGCUUAAAUUAAAAAACUUUUACAUCACAGUAGUAGUUUAGAUGUAAUGUCAUAUCAUAGACAGUGUGUAAUAAACAACAAAGAUUAUUUUUUAAAAAAUCAGACAUGUUACUACAAAACAGGAAAUGAAUCAACUUUAUAAGCAACUUUUUAUAUGUAAUCACUUGGGUAAGUCUGUUUUAAUAUACAUACUUUGUAAAACACAUAGGCCUCAUUUAGAUUUAGACGUAAAAUGUAUGUCCCCAUAAAAUUCUUACUAAAUUUAUUUGAGGCUGCGGUUAUCACGCUUGCUUGUCCUACCACAGUUUUUCUUUCCACCUGACUUUCUACUAAUAGGCGUUGAUGCAUCAAUCUUUGAACAGGCAGCUUCUUUUGCAUAGUGGGAUACUAUACCUGUGGUGGUUUUCAGUGGCUCAGUAUUUGCCAAGUAAGCAGUCUUCCCCAUAUGCAUGUAGAUCGUAACACAACAUUUCUGAUUUAAAACAAUCUUUUUUAUUAUUGAUUGGAUAUAAUAUUUGUAAUUUCUGUGGUUUCGGCUGCACGCUUUUUUGGAUGACAUUCUAGGUUAUUGUGAUGUACCUGUGUUUACGCUAUGCAUUUUAUUAGACAGACUGCAGAUUGUCGAGAAACUGAAAACACGACAACAUGUGUCUGCAAACAUCACAUCAGAAAUAUUUUUGAGCUGAACUAAAAUCUCUCUUCCUGAGAUAAGUGUAAAACCCUCACGUGCAGCAACUGUGUUGUUAUCAUUCACUGUAAUCAUCCAUUAGCAAAAUAAACUGAGAAGAUAAAUUACAAAUAAAGAUCGCUAUAGAGUUCUCGGUUUGCUUUUUUGAGAUUGGUGCACAGUAUGAAGCCUCUAAUGCAACCUGCAGCGUUAGCUUGGUAGAUUCAGAAACAUGUUCUGCAGAGGAUCUGUACCUCACCUCAACCUUAAAAAAAAAAAAAAACCACAACC